AUGGAUUGUGAAAUAGAGGCUUUGGAGAAGAAUUGCACUUGGGAACUAACUACCUUACCUGCAGGAAAGAAAGCAAUUGGUUGCAAAUGGAUUUAUAAAAUUAAGAGAAAGGCUGAUGGCACGGUGGAUAGAUUUAAGGCUAGGUUAGUUGCCAAGUGUUACAAUCAAAUUGAAGGGGUUGAUUACUUUGAUAUUUUUUCCCCGGUGGCAAAGUUGGUGACAGUUAGAAUUUUUAUUUGCAUGGCCACUUUAAGAAACUGGAAAUUGUUUCAAGUAGAUGUGAACAAUGCGUUUUUGCAUGGAUUUCUUCAUGAAGAGGUAUAUAUGCAUCCACCUUUGGGGUAUAAGAAAGCUGAAAAGGGGCAGGUAUGUAAACUCAAAAGGAGCCUUUAUGGUCUUAAGCAGGCGUCCCGGGAAUGGAACACUGAACUUUGUAAGAAACUUGCAUUAUUUGGUCUCACUCAAUCAGCCUUUGAUCAUUGCCUAUUUACCAUGGAGUCAGAUGGAGAGUUUCUUGCUGUCCUCAUAUAUGUUGAUGAUGUGUUGUUAACUGGUUCUAGUAUUACAUUGAUCGAUCAGUUCAAACUCUUUUUAGAUCAAGAGUUCUCUAUCAAAGACAUGGGGCUUGCCAAAUAUUUUUUAGGGGUUGAACUUCACUCAAGUACUGAGGGUACUUUGCUUUGUCAGCACAAAUAUGUUUUGGAUUUGCUCGGUGAUAUGCAUAUGCUUGAUUGCUCCCCAGCAGCUACACCUCUCCCUCAUGGCAUGAAAUUGCAAGUUGUUGAUGGUGAUCUUCUUCUACAGCCUGACCUUUAUAGGCGCCUCAUUGGCCGACUACUUUACUUGAAUUUGACACGACCUGACAUCACUUACGCCACACAACAACUAAGCCAAUUUGUCACAGCCCCUUGCAGCUCUCAUUGGAAAGCCGCCAUGCAUGUGCUUCGCUACCUUCGCGGCACACCUUCACUUGGUCUUUUCUACCCUGCUACAUCAUCUUUUAAUUUGGAGGCUUACAGUGAUGCGGAUUGGGCCGCAUGUAAAGACACUCGUCGUUCCAUAACAGGUUAUUGCAUGACUCUUGGAGGCUGCUUGAUCUCAUGGAAGAGCAAAAAACAACAAACUAUCUCCAAGUCCUCGGCUGAAGCCGAAUAUCGAGCUUUAAGCUCCACAGUUUCUGAGCUUUUGUGGAUUUCCUAUAUAGCUAAGGAUCUUCUCAUUCCCAUUUCUUUGCCGAUCCCUUUGUGGUGUGACAACAAGGCAGCCCUACAUAUUACGGCCAAUCCCGUUUUUCAUGAACGCACCAAACACUUAGAGAUCGACUGUCAUUUGGUGCGAAAUAAGUUCAAGGAUGGCUUUGUUCGCCCGUGUUAUGUGUCUUCCAAACUUCAACUCGCGGAUAUUUUUACUAAGGUGCUCACUGGGGGCCAGUUUCACUUGCUAGCGUCCAAGUUGGGACUUUCUCUCGCCGAUCGAAGUCCCACUUGA